UGUUAUGCCAGCCCCACCUCGUCCUGAGCACGGAUCACCCAGGGUCAGAGGGCAGGCCCUGGGAGAAGAAUUUAACUCACUGGGAUGUUUGCUUUUGUAGAAUGAGCUUAACCUUAGGUAGAGUGCACUCUGCCUGCAGACCUGCUGCUUUCAUGCCUGUCUCAUCUUCUCUACAGCUGAAGCUGGAGGACCGCUCUGUGGUGCCCCGGGAUGUGGUCCGCCACAUGCGUUCAACUGACAGUCAGUGUGGCACGGUGAUAGACGUCAAUAUCGACUGUGCUGUCAAGCUAAUUGGCACCAACUGCAUCAUCUACCCUGUCAACAGCAAGGAUCUCCAGCACAUCUGGCCCUUCAUGUAUGGAGACUACAUCGCCUAUGACUGCUGGCUAGGGAAGGUCUAUGACUUGAAGAAUCAGAUCAUCCUUAAGUUGUCUAAUGGUGCCAGGUGCUCCAUGAACACGGAAGAUGGUGCCAAACUCUACGACGUCUGCCCACACGUCAGUGACUCGGGUCUCUUCUUUGAUGACUCCUAUGGCUUCUACCCAGGCCAAGUGCUUAUUGGCCCUGCUAAGAUCUUCUCUAGUGUCCAGUGGCUCUCAGGGGUCAAGCCUGUACUCAGCACCAAGAGCAAGUUCCGUGUGGUGGUGGAGGAGGUUCAGGUUGUGGAGUUGAAAGUCACAUGGAUUACCAAGAGUUUCUGCCCUGGGGGCACGGACAGCGUUAGCCCCCCACCUUCUGUUAUCACUCAGGAAAACCUAGGCAGGGUGAAGCGUCUCGGAUGCUUUGACCAUGCUCAGCGGCAGCUUGGGGAACGCUGUCUAUAUGUCUUCCCAGCCAAGGUAGAGCCGGCCAAGAUUGCCUGGGAAUGUCCAGAAAAAAACUGCGCCCAGGGGGAGGGCUCUAUGGCCAAGAAGGUGAAGCGCCUGUUGAAGAAGCAGGUCGUGAGGAUCAUGUCCUGCGCCCCAGAUACCCAGUGUCCUAGGGACCAUUCCAUGGAGGACCCAGACAAGAAAGAGGAAGCCAGAGCAAAGAGCGAAGUAGGGUCUCCUAGCCCCGAGGAGCAACCUGAUGGAUCAGCCAGCCCAGUGGAGAUGCAGGACGAGGGGGUAGAGGAGCCUCAGGAGCCGAGCGAGCCGCUGCCCCCCUUCCUGUUGAAGGAGGGUGGAGAUGAUGGGCUGCACUCGGCAGAGCAGGAUGCAGACGACGAGGCUGCUGACGAUACAGAUGACACCAGCUCGGUGACCUCCUCCGCCAGCUCCACCACCUCCUCCCAGAGCGGCAGUGGCGCCAGUCGUAAGAAGAGUAUUCCCUUGUCCAUCAAAAACUUGAAACGUAAACACAAGAGGAAGAAGAAUAAGAUUACCCGGGACUUCAAGCCUGGAGACAGGGUGGCAGUGGAGGUCGUAACCACGAUGACCUCAGCUGAUGUGAUGUGGCAGGAUGGCUCUGUGGAGUGCAACAUCCGCUCCAACGACCUCUUCCCGGUGCACCACCUGGACAACAAUGAAUUCUGUCCUGGAGACUUCGUGGUGGACAAGCGAGUCCAGAGCUGCCCAGACCCUGCUGUCUACGGUGUGGUGCAAUCUGGGGACCAUGUUGGCCGUACCUGCAUGGUGAAAUGGUUUAAGCUGCGGCCGACUGGGGAUGACGUGGAGCUCAUUGGAGAAGAGGAGGAUGUGAGUGUCUAUGACAUUGCUGACCACCCUGACUUUCGCUUCCGCACGACUGACAUUGUCAUUCGCAUUGGUAACACUGAGGAUGGGGCUCUGCCCAAGGAGGAUGAGCCAUCAGUGGGCCAAGUGGCCCGAGUUGACGUCAGUAGCAAGGUAGAAGUGGUGUGGGCUGACAACUCAAAAACCAUCAUCCUGCCGCAGCACUUAUACAAUAUCGAGUCCGAGAUCGAGGAGUCCGACUACGAUUCGGUAGAAGGCAGCAGCAGUGGGGCGUCCUCGGAUGAGUGGGAGGACGACAGCGACAGCUGGGAGACAGACAACGGGCUGGCGGAUGACGAGCACCCCAAGGUAGAAGACCUCGCCAUCCUCCCCACAGAGCCGCCAGCAGCCCCUGAGGAGGACAAGGGGGUGGUAAUCAGUGAAGAGGCAGCCACAGCUGCCAUCCAGGGAGCCGUGGCCAUGGCUGCUCCCGUGGCAGGGCUGAUGGAGAAAGCUGGCAAGGACGGGCCUCCCAAGAGUUUCCGGGAGCUGAAAGAAGCCAUCAAGAUCCUGGAGAGCCUCAAGAACAUGACCGUGGAGCAGCUGCUCACAGGGUCCCCCACCUCACCCACGGUGGAGCCGGAGAAGCCGACUCGGGAGAAGAAGUUUCUGGACGACAUCAAGAAGCUACAGGAGAACCUCAAGAAGACCCUUGACAACGUGGCCAUCGCUGAGGAGGAGAAGAUGGAGGCGGUGCCCGACACAGAACGCAAGGAAGAGAAAACAGAGGCACAGUCACCAGUGAAGGCCGAGUGGCCCAGUGAGACUCCUGUGCUCUGUCAACAGUGUGGUGGCAAACCCGGUGUCACCUUUACCAGUGCCAAGGGCGAAGUGUUUUCUGUGCUGGAGUUUGCACCCUCAAACCACUCUUUCAAGAAGAUUGAGUUCCAGCCUCCAGAAGCCAAGAAGUUCUUCAGCACAGUGCGAAAGGAGAUGGCUCUGCUGGCCACCUCGCUGCCCGAUGGCAUCAUGGUCAAGACAUUCGAGGACAGAAUGGACCUCUUCUCAGCACUGAUCAAGGGCCCCACUCGGACUCCCUACGAAGAUGGCCUCUACCUGUUUGACAUUCAACUUCCCAACAUCUACCCAGCGGUGCCCCCCCACUUUUGCUACCUCUCCCAGUGCAGUGGCCGCCUGAACCCCAACCUGUAUGACAAUGGGAAGGUGUGCGUCAGCCUCCUGGGUACCUGGAUUGGAAAGGGGACAGAGAGGUGGACCAGCAAAUCCAGCCUUCUGCAGGUGCUCAUCUCUAUUCAAGGUCUGAUCCUGGUAAAUGAACCGUACUAUAACGAAGCUGGCUUUGACAGUGAUCGGGGCCUGCAGGAAGGCUACGAGAACAGUCGCUGCUACAAUGAGAUGGCAUUGAUCCGCGUGGUACAGUCCAUGACCCAAUUGGUCCGACGGCCUCCUGAGGUCUUUGAGCAGGAGAUUCGACAGCAUUUCAGUGUGGGUGGCUGGCGUCUGGUGAACCGCAUUGAAUCCUGGCUGGAAACGCACGCCAUGCUGGAGAGGGCCCAGGCACUGCCCAAUGGGGUCCCUAAAGACAGCAGCUCUCUGGAGCCCCUGGCUGUAGCUGAACUCUCAGACUCCGGCCGCGAAGAGCCUGAGGAUGUGGGGGUGGCCCCUGGGGAGGCCUCCCAGGGCUCAGACUCGGAGAGUGGUGCCCAGGGCCCAGCCUCAGCCAGCAGGGACCACACGGGGCAGACUGAGACAGCCCCUGAUGCAUCAGCACCGCCAAGCGUUAGACCAAAGAGGAGGAGGAAGAGCUACCGCAGCUUCCUGCCUGAGAAGAGUGGCUACCCUGACAUCGGCUUCCCCCUCUUCCCGCUUUCCAAGGGCUUCAUCAAGAGCAUCCGGGGGGUCCUGACACAGUUCCGCGCUGCCCUCCUCGAGGCAGGCAUGCCCGAGAGCACAGAGGACAAGUAGCUUCCAGGUCUUGAAAAAGGAGUAUCACGGUGGGAGAGGCCAGCCGCUGCCUGCUCCCUCCCUUCCCGAGAACUUGCCCCUCUCCCUGCCCCUUCUGUCCCCAGUUGGAGCCUUCCACUUCCCUCCUCCCUGCGGCAAGUUUGAUGAAGUGCAAGAAGUGUCCCGAGACGGGAGAUGCUGCAUUCUGUCCCUCAGCCAUGUUCAAAGGCAGGUCCCUGAAGCACUGGGACCUCCAUUGCUGGUCCUCUUGUUGCUCCAGCCGAAUGUCCUGACACUUGUUCCCUAGCUGUCCCUUCUCAGGUCAGAGGUGGGGUGUUGAGGAACCUACAGGUGGCAGGAGGGUGGACGUGCCUUGCAUGACGUGUGGCUGCUCCUGCAAUGCUCCUGGUCCCUUUCCUCUUGAGCUUGACUGUAGCCUCCCCACACCCCAGAUACUGCUGCCACACUGGGUCCUCCAUCUCUUGGAGCUGUGGCUGACUUUGGCCUGUCAGUGCGUUAUAGCCCUUAGGCCUGUUGAACUUCCUCUCUAAGAGAGGUUGGGACUGAGCUAAGGUUCAAAGUAAUACCCAAGAGAGGUGGUAGCCCUCACAUACAAAUAUGGAGUCAAGGACAGGGUGCUGCUGGGAAGGAAAUGGCUGUAGGUGCCUUGCUCUUCCAGUCCGGGCUGGCAGCGACACUGGCAACCCUAUCCAGUGCUGCUUGUGUGGACGGUACUGACAUCUACUCCAUCUAGCCCCGUUUUGUCCCUGCUGAGACCACAGGGCAUCUGCACAAACCAGGCCAGCAACAAGGGCCUCUCCCCAUCCAGCGGCUCCUGUCAGUCAGCCUUAGCUUAUAGACUCUGCAGGCGCAGUCUGAGGGAGGAGGGAGGCUGGAUGGCAGCAGGAGCUUCCCCCCACCCCUACAGGCCCAGAGGUUUACAAGUUUCUAAGCUUUUGAUAAUGUGAAGCUCCAGAUAGAGAGGAUGCUGUUGAGCAAAUUGCAGCUAUGUUAUUUCUGGUGUAUGUAUGUAAUAUUUAAGGUUGGGAAAAUAAUCUCAAAAGCAAAGAUACUAACUCUUACUAGAAAAAAAGACAAAUAAAAAGUAAAACAGGCAAAAAAAAAAAAGCCAAAGCAUGAUGCGUCUUGUCAGCCUUAAGUGGGCUCCAUGCCUGUGCUGUGCCAGGACCGCCAACCAGAAACUGGAACACUCAGCAGGAACCUGUUGGUGCCUCACGGACAUCACGAGUGCCGGGUGGGGCUGUGCAUCCCGGGGCAUCAUUCGUGUGGAGAUGUGAAUGCCCGCUGCUUACAAUAUCUGUAUAAAGUGCUGUGUGAUUAAA